AUGUUGAUUGGUCAAUAUUUCCAAGAGAAAAUCUUGUCUUCCGUCAAGUGCACCGACAAAGGAAGCGCCUACGCCAAAUUCGAAUGGUUGUUCGGCAAAGGCCUCGUCACUUCGAAUGGGCAACUAUGGAAAGACGACAGAAAAUUACUUGGCCCUUCUUUCAAGCUACAAAAACUUACCGGAUUUCUCCCAUAUUUCAACAAACAUUCAAAAACUCUGGUGGAAAUAUUGACAAAAUUCCAACACCAAGCGACAAACGUUUAUCCGCAAUUGGUUCGAGCAACGAUGGAUUUUAUUUCAGAGUCGGCAUUUGUGCAAGAUUCGACCUAUCAGAUUAAUGAUGAAGACAACUUUCUAGCAGCGACACACAUGGCGCUAACUUCGUUUCGAUUGAGACUCGCGAAACCUUGGUUAGCAAUUACUCCAAAAAUUUGGGACCUCUUUGGGUUAGGAAAACAGGAUAAAAUUUGUUCCCAAUUUGUAAACCAGGCCAUGUCAGAGGCAAUUGAAAAACGUAAGAUUGCUUUGGCGCAAGAGCAAAAAUCUUCAUCUGAAACGGGUGAAAACCAUGCCAACCAGAAAGCUUUUAUUGAUGUUUUAUUGGAUUCAAAAUCAGAGAAGGAAAUCAUUGGCCACAUUAUGACAAUAUUCGGGGCGGCAUUUGAGACCACCGCCAGCGCAAUGAAUUACACCUUGUUUCUCCUCGCUUUGAACCCAUCCGCUCAAGAGAAAGUGCAUUUUGAGCUAGACUCCAUUUUUGGGGGCGACAAAAAUCGUGACGUCACAUUGAACGACUUGUCGGGCAUGAAGUAUUUGGAAAUGUGUAUCAAAGAAGCGUUAAGAGUAUGCCCACCCGUACCCGUCAUGGUUCGCAAAGCUCAGGAGGAUAUUCCUCUCGACAACGGACAAAUCGUACCGAAAGGAUGUCGCGUUGUGAUCCUCAUUCGCGAAAUUUUGCGAGAUCAGGAGCACUACCCGGAUCCAGAAGUUUUUAAUCCGGACAGGUUUCUCCCCGAUGAAUGCGCAGCGAGACAUCCAUUCGCAUACAUCCCAUUUGCGGCCGGCCAAAGAAAUUGUCUGGGAAUGAAAUAUGCCUUGAUGCAAAUGAAGACUUGCCUGGCCCACAUCCUUCGCCGGUUCCACGUCUCCACUUCGCAAAAACGAGACGAUAUCAGUCUAAUUAACGGGAUGGUUAUGGAGCCAAAACCAAAAUUGGAAAUUGUUCUAACGCCAAAAUGA